AUGUUGAGACAAACGCCGUUUCGAUUUGUGAAGGAGUUGGUUUAUUUUGAGGUUUGGGAGCACUUUAAACGGUUUGGCGACGCGAGGGGUACCGACAGCGCAACGUGCCGGGUUCUGUGCGCAGAUGACGUCGCGGAGCGGCUCAACGGGCGGGUGAAGAUGCGAUAUCUGUUGGAGCAGUUUCUUGUGAAGAACACAUCUACUGGAGGGGCACGUGGUGAGCAGCAGCGCUGGUGGACAGGGGACUUCUCUCGCAGCGUGAAUAGUGACCGCCGUGUUGUGGCGGAGAUGUUGUUGGAGGACGGAUGGGUGUUGGUGCAGAUUAACAACGCCGUCUCCGAGCGUGAGUGGCUUAUCACGACCAUGACAUUUCUUCGGGAGCGGAGUUGA